AUGCGUCCACAAUCUUUAUUAUUCCUGACGUUUUCUGUUAUUGUGGCAGCAGCCCCACUAUCGACCUCAGGCCCAUUAACAGCCGGAUCUAAGGCCACGGGGGUCACAGUAGACAGAUCUCGAGAUGGAUCUACACACAUAACUGGUUUCAAUCCCACUGGGGACUUUAAAGACAUCCUCGACCGUAUGGAAUUGGAUCUGUCAGCGAGGGAUAGCGCUCAAGCUGCAGACCCAAAUCCAACCGGACUACUUAACGACAAAAGACAAAGCAGUACUGUUGAUUUCGAUUCUGAUGUGGUUCUGAAAAUCGAUAUUGACAAUGGCGGUAGCGAUCCCACUCGGGUCGAAGUAAAGCCGAAUGUUCGCUUCGAUGGACAGGAGUCGGGGAGGGGUAAGACGCACGUUAUAGUAGAAGGAGAUGUCUUCGCCAUUCCGGCAGGACACCAUGUUUGGUCCCCAGGUGUAUAA